UUAGGUCCAGACACGGCUAGUGACGUCAGACUGAACAAUUAGAUUACUGAAAAAAAAUCAAGCUAGACCUUUACAUCCUUAGUCUGGCAACCCUUCCUUAAAUUGUACCUUUUGACCCCAGCAGUUGUGGAAGAUGCAGAAGUAAAGAAAUAUUCUAAAAUCUCUCUUUUAAUUAGGUAACCUUUCCUAUUCAUUAUUUUAAGGUUUUGUGAUGUUUUUAAAUUCUAUGCUUUUUAGCUAUAUUAUGGAAGGAACUUAAAAAGCCUGAUAUAAAAACAAAUCUCAGUAUUAAUUAUGAAUUAGAAAAGAAAACGCCUCAUGCUAUAAAUAGAUCCUUCUUCUUUUAAGCUGUCUGAAAACAGUGGAUAUGAUGUCUCCGGUAAUUUGAGAUACAUGCUAAGGUAAGCAAUCUCAGGCCCAUGAGGACCUGCAUUACUGCUUUAUCCCACACAGACAUGCAAAAAGAAAUAUCUGGAAAACAACACCACACAUCCCCUUUUUUAAACAUGAUAUUCACUUCUCUCUGAGAAGAGCAUUUGUUUGAGUUUGGAGACCGAGGACUGCUUGAAUCACCAACUACCAUCUUAAAAAUUAAAAAAGAAACUCAACAAACUGGUGGUUUGCAGUUUGGUGAAAAAGGAUUCAAGCUUAAAUAAACAAAAGCUUCUGGGUCAGAAAUCUAGAAAGGAAACAACAACAAUCCAUACAAUGAAAAUUCGAGUGGUUCAGAUCUGGGGGUUCCUAAUGACGGUACUGGGUUGGAUCUUUGUGGCCUGCACUAUGGCAAUGGAGGGCUGGAAGAUUGCCUCCGUUGGGGGCAUGGGAGGUUCGGCUGUCAUCAAGGUAGCCUGGCACUGGACUAGUCUGUGGAGAUCUUGUUUUACAGACUCGACUGCUGUCACCAACUGUAAGGAUUUUCCUGUACUCUGGUCUGUGGAAGACUAUGUCCAAAUAGUGAGAGCCCUGUUGAUGUCGGCUCUUUCUGUAGGCAUGCUGGGGUUUGUACUUAGUCUGCUGGGUAUGGAGUGCACCUACAUUGGAGGAAAAGUACAAUCAAAAUACAAGAAGAUCUAUAUUGGUGGAUGUUGCCACAUCAUCAGUGGAGUGCUGUCCACAUCUGGGUAUGGUGUCUAUGCACAGUAUGUCUAUGCAAUACAUAUUGACCCUGGUCCCACUGGACUCCAGUUUAACCUUGGCACCCCAAUAUUUCUUGGCUGGGUGGGUUCAGCCUUUCACAUCACUGGUGGUGCCUUUUAUCUAUGGUCAGUGUGCACACCGCUCUGUGGAGGAGAGAAAAAGGUGGUUGUCAAGGGAUUGCCAGACCCAUUGCAAAACAAGUCCACCACAUCUCUGUCCACAGUGUCGGAGAUCACAUCCAAGACCAAACUGUCCUCUAUUUCUGAGCUAUUAUCAAGGUCGGAGGGCUCAGAUUUAUCUAGCAUUGCCUCAAGAUCCAGACGCACGACCAAGUCAGGGCGUUCCACCCAGUCAGAAAGGUCUGAAAGGUUUGAGCUGAAGACAGAUUUAGGAUCAAGAUCAGGAUCUGGGUCACAGUCUGGCCUCUCUUCAAGGUCUAGCCUAUCAAGUCUGUCAGAAGUGAGGAGUGGCAGGAACAGCCAUAGAAGCAGGGCACAAACCUCCAUGUCAGGCACUUUAGGGAGUGAGAUUGCACCAUAUGUCAAAAACUCUUAUAUUUGAACAAAUAUCAAUUAUUAGGUAUAAAAAAACUUCAGAGCAUGUGAUGACCAAGCAGUCAGAUGCUUCAAGAUUUUAAUAUGUGGUAUAAAUUGCAUUCUUAUCAUUGCUGGUGUAUUGCAUAUAUUUACCAAAUGAAAGGGAUGUGGAGAAGACCGGGUCAGAUCCUGGGGCUACUGCUUAGCAUACUAGGCUGGAUGUUUGUGGGUUGCACACUUGCUAUGGCCCACUGGAAAUAAAUAGAACAAUUAAUGUGAUUUCAUCUAUAGCUAGAGACUUCUGAUGGACAGAAAAUAAAAAGUGCAGACUGUUAGUUAAUAAAUAGUGGAUAUGUGGUGGGAUUAAAUAAGCUGAUGCUUCUUCCUUCUCCUUUUUGAACAUGUAAGUUAUAAUUAUUAUUGCUUUGUUUUCCUUUUGUUUGCUUUGUCUUUUUCCCUCUUUUGUUGUUGUUAUACUAUUUUAACAUGUUCAAAAUAAAGAUUCAGUACAAUACAAUACUUCUAUCUCUGUCAAUUGAGCAUCGCACCUUGUGGAAAAUCUUGAAAACAAAGUGUUUAGUGUUAGAAUAUCCAGACACUGCAACUGCUAUAUAGAAACCCAAGCAAAGAUCACAAGCAACCAGUCCUUGCAGCAUAGCCUUGACACAAUGAACAUAAUACAUUUCUUACCACAUAAUACAAAGCUGCUAUCUUCUGUUUGUUAUAAACACAGUUUAUUCCUUCAAGUCACAAUAGAAAGUUAAAAGGGGUCAAAUGGAUAGAAAUAAUAUGACCAUAAUCAAGCAGGAAAAAAAAAAACAAUCAGUCAGUGCCUCCCACCUGACCCCUCAAAUUAAUCUUCAGUACAAUAACAAUUAAGCUCUGGAAAAUGUUAGCUUCAUGUUAUAAAUAUUUUCUGAGUUGAACAACUCAGAGUACAUAACAGUUGGUAAACAUUUAUAAAAACAAACAAACAAACAAAAAAUAGCCUAUUUGAGUAAUGUUAGAAGUAAAUGAAUCUGUAAAUGAAAAAGUAAGAGUGGGUUUUAUUAAGAAACUAUAUAAAUAUAUGUGUGUGUGUGUGUGUGUGUGUG